CCUGCGUCGCGUCGGGUCGGGGACUGGUCGGAGAUGAAGACAGAGACGGAGACAGGCAUUUAACUGCGGCUCCAGGACUCCGAGCCCGGCCCCAGGACACCGAGCUCGGCUCGUUCACAGUACCGCUGCUCCGUGGCCUCCCUCCCAAGCGGAUGUGGUGCGGGGAGCGGCGGACGUCGUGGUUUCAUCGCAGGCAGAGUUCGGGAGGAGCAGUUUUCGGAGAGGGAAAACAACAUGGCUGCGGCGGAGCUCGAAUGGAUCCCGGAGAGCCUGUACAACACCGCGAUCUCCGCGGUGGUGGACAACUACAGCCGCUCCAGGAGGGACAUCCGCUCGCUCCCGGAGAACAUCCAGUUCGACGUGUACUAUAAGCUUUACCAGCAGGGCCGGCUCUGCCAGCUGGGCGGCGAGUUCUGCGAGCUGGAGGUGUUCGCUAAAGUGCUGCGGGCCUCGGAUAAAAGACACCUCCUGCACCACUGUUUCCAGGCCCUCAUGGACCACGGUGUCAAGGUGGCCUCGGUUCUGGCAAACUCCUUCAGCCGCCGCUGUUCCUACAUCGCCGAGUCGGACGCCCACGUCAAGGAGAAGGCCAUCCAGUUUGGCUUUGUGCUGGGGGGCUUCUUGUCGGACGCGGGCUGGUAUGGAGAUGCUGAGAAGGUGUUCCUGUCGUGCCUGCAGCUGUGCACGCUCCACAGUGAGAUCCUGCACUGCUUCCGCGCCGUGGAGUGCUGCGUCAGGCUGCUUCAUGUCCGUAACGGCAACUGCAAAUACCACCUGGGGGAGGAGACCUUCAAGCUUGCUCAGUCUUACAUGGACAAACUAGCCAAACAUGGCCACCAGGCCAACAAGGCGGCGCUGUACGGCGAGCUCUGUGCCUUGCUCUUUGCCAAAAGCCACUAUGAUGAGGCUUACCGGUGGUGUAUAGAAGCUAUGAAGGAAAUCACUCCGGGGCUGCCUGUCAAAGUCGUGGUGGACGUCCUGCGUCAAGCCUCCAAGGCCUGUGUGGUGAAACGGGAGUUCCGGAAAGCUGAACAGCUGAUCAAACACGCCGUCUUUCUAGCGAGAGAACAUUUUGGACACAAACACCCCAAGUACUCGGACACGCUGCUAGAUUACGGGUUUUACCUUUUAAACGUAGACAACAUUUGCCAGUCAGUUGCUAUUUACCAGACGGCCCUGGACAUCCGGCAGUCCGUGUUUGGGGGGAAGAACAUCCACGUGGCCACGGCUCACGAAGACCUGGCGUACUCCUCAUACGUGCACCAGUACAGCUCCGGGAAGUUUGACAACGCUCUGUUCCACGCAGAACGUGCCAUAGACAUCAUCACUCACAUUCUGCCUGAGGACCAUCUGCUGCUGGCCUCCUCCAAGAGGGUCAAAGCCCUGAUCCUGGAGGAAAUCGCCAUCGACUGUCACAACAAGGAGACGGAGGAGCGCCUCCUGCAGGAGGCUCACGACCUGCACCUGUCCUCGCUGCAGCUGGCCAAGAAGGCCUUCGGAGAGUUCAACGUCCAGACGGCCAAACACUACGGCAACCUGGGCCGGCUCUACCAGUCCAUGAGGAAGUUCAAGGAGGCGGAGGAGAUGCACGUCAAAGCGAUCCAGAUCAAGGAGCAGCUGCUGGGCCACGAGGACUACGAGGUGGCCCUGUCCGUGGGCCACCUGGCCUCCCUCUACAACUACGACAUGAACCAGUACGAAGACGCAGAGAGGCUGUACCUGCGCUCCAUCGCCAUCGGGAAGAAGCUGUUCGGGGAGGGCUACAGCGGCCUGGAGUACGACUACCGGGGCCUCAUCAAGCUCUACAACUCGGUGGGGAACUACGAGAAGGUGUUCGAGUACCACAACGUGCUGUCCAACUGGAACCGGCUGAGGGACCGGCAGUUCGCCGUGGCCGACGCCCUGGAGGACGUCAACACCACGCCGCAGCAGACCCAGGAGGUGGUGCAGGCCUUCCUGCUGGCCCAGAGCCUCGGCCCCAGCCGGCCCUGCCUGGGCUGAUCCAUGAGGGAAACUCCACAAGGAGAAGAAGAAGAAGAAACAGAGCUGUGGGUGUAAACAUGGCAAAGACAUGAGAACAGCCCAGAGCUGACAGGGACAGCGUCAGACACACACACACACACACACACACACACACACACACACACACACACACGUAGUCAUGAAGUAAACUGCUAGAGAAGACACCUCAUCAGCACACUCUCACUGCGUUAGGGCUGGGGGGGUGAGCCCCUCCCUCCCCCUCCCUCCCUCCUCCUCCUCCUCCGACUCGCCUUCAUCUUCUGUUUGGGAUCAGAGGAACUGGGUUUUUUGUUUUGUUUUGUUUUUUUUUUAAUUCAAAUCGUUGCUCUGCACGCCAUGAGACUCACUGUGGAUCAACCCCCCCCCCCCCCCCCCCCCACACACACACACACACACACACACAUAUACACAUCUGUGAACUCCUUCAGCCCCCCUGCUGGGUGGAGGGCGGGGCGGAGGCCUCGUGUCUGUGACGUUGUACAGUAACAUUAGAUUGUACACCUUCUUUGCGGUGGCGUGGACGGUGUUGAACUGUGGGGGGCGGGGUGGGGAGGGGAGGGGAGGGGAGGGGGGGGUAAACAGUGGAAUGUGUUGAACCAGUGGGGAUGUUGUUACACACAAGCUUCACAGCUCCUUUUCAAUUCAUUUUAUCUCGUUUUUUUUCAGCGUAGUACUGACAUAGCAUAAUUAAAAUGCCAAUAAUUUAUAUGCAAACA